AUGGGCUCUAACAUCGAUAAACUUCGACGUAAGGCACAGGAGUGCUGGGAGGAAGCCUUCAAUGACGGCCCAUAUUCCAACUUCCUUCAGGGAGAAUAUCUUGUCAACAAGUCCGGCGAACCAUGGGGAAACAUCCUCAAAGACAAGAAUCUUCUUAAAAAGAAGAUUAAGAUAGAGGAUCUGACCAAGGACCAGUCCACCUCCUUCAUCCGGACAUGGUGGGCUGCCGGUCGUUGCACCUCCUUCGCUACGCGGAUUGUCCGACAACUGCAGGAAUACAGCUCCGCAUCAUUUGAUUUUAAGUUCUACGAUCUCAACGGGCAUCGUGUCGCUCGAUGCAUGAAAACAGGGAUUCUCAUCGACUCGAGUUCGGCAGUUGGCGUUCUCGUCCUGAAUGACGGUGACGACUGGACGACCAUAGCAGGUGACACAAGGAACCGUCAAUGGAAAUGGCGUGCUGGAAUGUCCAAGUUUGAUGGCGGACAAGGUCUCAAGGAGUCAGGAAAUGCCCUCUCCGUCCAGCAGUCCAUGUCGCAAUGUUUGAUGGAAAUCAGCGAGAGAUUCGAACCUCUCUGCUUGUUCAGAUCCUUUGCACAAGGACGUGCGCACUUCCAUGGCAUGAUCAAAUGGGUACCUAGCAAGAAACAAUUAGUUUUGAUCAAGAGGUUGGGGGAGAGAGACAACAUCACGAUUCAAUUCGAUAAAUCUGGUACUGCAGCUACUGAGGCACAGUGUCGUGGUGCUGUUACAGAUUUCAUAGCUCGGUAUGGAGGUCCAGAAGGCGAAAAGCAAUGGAGAUUUGGACAGCCAGAUCAUAGGGCCAUGGAUAUCCAUGACAAGAUCUGGUCUGCUGCAAUCCAGGCAUGGGGAAACCCUCGUCUAGCCUGA